AUGCUUCCUACAUAUGUUGUACAUGCAACAUCAUGGUCCAUAAAAAGUGCACUUCAUUGCCGCGCAUCAUCAAAAGCAAGUGGCAUGAUCAUCACCUUUUUCACAAAUAUUUCCUUCGCAUAGAAGAUUUUAGAGUUUUGGAUUGCAUAAUGUGCAAUUAUGAAGUCAGUACAGACCAUGGUAGUUACUAUUGUUCGGAGUGCGAUGUUAUAUUGCAUGUGAAGUGUGCAAUGAAGGAUAAAGAUUCAUAUGAAAUAGUAGAAAAUGAAGAUGAGGUACCCAAUGAAAGUUCCAUCAUUGUUAUUGAGAGGAACAAUGCUGGAGAAGCUACAAAGUAACGCAUUUCAUGCACAUGCAUAAUCUAAUGUUAGGUCCCUUUGUUGGAGGAUAUGAAAAUAGUUGCGAAGGGUGUAUGUUGCCAAUCACGGAUCCAUUUUACUACUGUACAGAAUGUGUUUUUUUUCUUCAUAAAGCAUGUGCCGAGUUGCCAAAGAUGAAGAAUGUUUGGCGUCAUCGUUGCCGAGAACCUCUUGCCCUUAUUUCGUACAAGGGUAUUAGGUGUGAACAAUGUCGGCAAAUAUCUAAUACCUUUGCUUAUGAAUGUAGUGAAUGUGAGGGUCAGAUAUGUCUCCGAUGUGUGAUUGCUCUUACUCCUGGUGCUCGAACAUGUUUGAAACAUGAACACCCCCUCUUUUUCUACAGAGACUACAAAGGCCAGUGCAACGCUUGUGGUUUUACAACAAGGUGGGCAGUUAUUCAGAAAAUCAUCACUGUGAUAUCUGUGAAGAAAGUCGACGCCCAAAUCGUUGGUUUUAUCAUUGUGCAAAAUGCGAUACUUCUGCUCAUGUUGGUUGUGUUCUUGGAAAAUAUCCAUUCCUCAAACUCGGGAGCAUCUAUGAAGAAACAGGUCAUCCACACCCACUCACCAUUGUGAAGAAGAAGUAUUACUACCCUGAUUGUGAUGAAUGCAGUAAGCCUUGUGAAGAUGUGGCUCUUGAAUGCUCCGAGUCGGAGUGCAAAUAUAUUGUCCACUGGGAUUGUGUAGCACCCGGUUCUCUACAGUCUCGGUCGAAAUGGCCCAUAUAGCAAUUCAGAUGUAAUCAUAUUUGAAACCUACCACUUCAUUUGCAGGAAAACUCAAUAGUGGAAAACAAGGUUUAAUCUUUACCUUGUUACUUGUGAUGUUAGUUGUUGUUGUCAUUAUAAUUUGGUUUAUCUGACUUUUUAAGUUUUAA